AUGGUUAGUGAUAGUGAUGGAGAUGACUUUGAAGAUGCUUCCGAAUUUGGGGUGGAUGAUGGAGAAGUAUUCGGCAUGGCGUCAUCUGCCCUGAGAAAAUCUCCAAUGAUGCCAGAAAACGCAGAAAAUGAAGGAGAUGCCUUAUUACAAUUUACAGCAGAGUUUUCUUCAAGAUAUGGUGACUGCCAUCCUGUAUUUUUUAUUGGCUCAUUAGAAGCAGCUUUUCAAGAGGCCUUCUAUGUGAAAGCCCAAGAUAGAAAGCUUCUUGCUAUCUACCUCCACCAUGAUGAAAGUGUAUUAACCAACGUGUUCUGCUCACAAAUGCUUUGUGCUGAAUCUAUUGUCUCUUAUUUGAGACAAAAUUUUAUAACCUGGGCUUGGGAUCUGACAAAGGAUGCCAACAGAGCAAGAUUUCUGACAAUGUGCAAUAGACACUUUGGCAGUGUUGUUGCACAAACCAUUCGGACUCAAAAAACAGAUCAGUUUCCACUUUUUCUGAUUAUUAUGGGAAAGCGAUCAUCUAAUGAAGUGUUAAAUGUGAUACAAGGUAACACAACAGUGGAUGAGUUAAUGAUGAGACUCAUGGCUGCAAUGGAGAGCUUCACAGCCCAACAACAGGAAGAUAUAAAGGAUGAGGAUGAACGAGAAGCCAGAGAAAAUGUGAAGAGAGAACAAGAUGAGGCCCAUCGCCUUUCACUUGAGGUUGACAGAGCAAAGAGGGAAGCUCAUGAGAGAGAGAUGGCAGAACAAUUUCGUUUGGAACAGAUUUGAAAAGAACAAGAAGAAGAACGUGAGGCCAUCAGGCUCUCCUUAGAGCAGGCCUUGCCUCCUGAGCCAAAGGAAGAAAAUGCUGAGCCUGUGAGCAAGCUGCGGAUCCGGACCCCAAGCGGCGAGUUCCUCGAGCGGCGUUUCCUGGCCAGCAAUAAGCUCCAGAUCGUCUUUGAUUUCGUAGCUUCCAAAGGAUUUCCAUGGGAUGAAUCCAAGUUACUGAGUACCUUUCCUAGGAGAGAUGUAACCCAGCUGGACCCAAAUAAGUCAUUAUUGGAGGUAAAGUUGUUCCCUCAAGAAACCCUUUUCCUUGAAGCAAAAGAGUAAAGAUGGCUCAGCGGUGGAACCAGCCAUUCCUUGACAAGCCAGAGGCCUGCAUCAAGAGGAGGGCUCCUCGUCAACCCAUUUACACGCUCGUCUCACUCAACUCAAUGUCACACUUCUGCCUCUUGCAAGAUUGCUGGAAAAAGUAAU